AUGACACAAUGCCCGGCGGCAUUCAAGAACUCACAUGCUUGUCGUGUUGUGAUGGUGGAGGAUCUGGAUUUCACCCCGCGAUCGAUGGUCGGUCAAAUGCUGAAUGGACAACCCGACGUCAGUGAAAGUUCCGUCUUCUCUAAUUUGACCCGUAAGUUGCGCUACAUGGGGAGAUUCACAGUGACAUUGUUUCGCCAGGAGCGAAUUCAGGUACCCAACAUACUCAAGCAUAUACAUAUAGUCACCGGGAAUGUAAACCACACCCAAAUGCUUCAGUCGCGGGCAGGACCAAAGGUUGGUUGCAAAACAGCGAUGCGGCUGGACUCUAUUGAUGAAGUUGUGAGUUUCGCCCUAAGCGGUAUCGUCAAGACCGGCGAGAGCCUCACAGAUUCAACCCGUACAUUCUACACGGAAAAGAAGAUACUGCAUGGCAGUAUGAAGGUUAGACAUAAGGCAGCAAGUCUUGGGACGUGGAAACUAGGAUCGAUGUUCGAGCUACUUACGAAUUUGCACAACAGGAAACCGAUUCUGCUUGUCACUGCAAAUACUUGA